AUGUCCUACCAAGAUGCCAAUCAUGGCCGGAGCCAGAGCCACCAGUCAAUACCUCUGCAAGAUCUCAAUCGCCCACCAGACGAAAGCGACCCGGAUGCGCCGCAGCACAGGCGGACCCUCAGUAACCGCGGCCGCAACCUGCUUAGACAGACGGGCGCCAUGGCGACAGGAGGACACUUUCGAGACUCGCAGUACUCUCCCAUUGCAGAGGUGUCGCCCAGCCCCACGCGACAUGCGCACCCCCCGCAGAUAAACACCAAUGUUCCCCCGGUGGGCAGUGGCAUACGGAGCGUGGAAGAGGAUGCGGGUUCGCCUUUGGAUGCAGGCGCAUUCCAGGCGGCCAUAGGCUUUGGCAUGAGCAUGGAUUUCCAGGGCGAGACAUCACCACCGAUAGCAACCCAGGCCUCGUCACAUUUAUCCUACAUCCCAUACGAGCAUGGACACGAACACCCUCUUGAGCCCUAUGCUGACAGAGCAACCUCGGAAGACCACGGUUACUUCUCUCCCACCUACGACGAUACCGCCCGCCUGACAGAUCCGCAACACCUCCAGCCCAUGAGCGGGGCUACAGCUCCUUCCACCCCGGUCGAGCAGCAAGACCGAUCGAGCUUCCAGAGUGUGCGCUUUCUCAGUCCGGGUCAUGCCUCAUCAGGAGCACGCCUUGGCGACGAUAUUGGCCAGGUUGAGGCUGCGACUGGCAACCUGCGAGACUCUAGAGGAAGGAACCGAUCUUUGUCACCUGGCCAGUUCGAAUCGCCUCUACAUCGAGCUGGGACCAUUAUGCGGAACAUAUCACAGCGUGUCGUCAACGUCAGUAACGAUUCCCAAGUUGCCGAGAGAACUAUUCGAAGAAAGUCGACUGUACACCACGCACGUCUAACCGCACCACCUGCCUUUCCAUCACUUCCGGAAUAUGCCGCCGAUGGCCCUACUUCGCCUGCUCCAUCCACACCAACCGAGAAGCCGCCCUCGCCUGUGGUUUAUCAGAACAGGCCAAGCGCACUAUGGCAGCGCCCGCCAAAUCCCUUGCGAGGCAAAAGUCUGGGCAUCUUUCCUGCCGAUAGCAAGCUGAGAAUCAAACUCUGCGACCUCCUCGUACAUCCAGUCACCGAGCCCUUUCUUCUCAUGCUAAUCAUCAUCCAAACGGUACUCCUAGCGGUUGAUGCGCGUACAACAGCCCCGUACGAUCCCAGACGGAGCAAGACAAUCGAUACAUUCAGUGCCAUUGACUACGCUCUGCUAGGUCUUUUCACCAUCUAUACGUUGGAGGUCAUUGUUCGUAUUAUCGUCUCUGGCUUCAUCAUCAAUCCAGUCGAAUACAGCACUAUCAAUCGACAAGUGGGCCUACGGGAAGCGCUCAAGAGCAAAGCAAACCAGCUGUUUGGCGGUCUGCAGCGACAACCUUCACAAAGAAAAAGCGGUAGCAACACUGACCCAAUUCAACAACAGCCAUCGGUAAUGCGAACCUUGACCACCGCACAGAUGAAUCCAGAUUUCACCACAAACGAUCCACGGCAACUGCAGCGGGCUCGCUUGGCACAUAGAGCCUAUCUCAGGCAUUCCUUCAAUCGGACUGAUUUCGUUGCCGUGGUCUCAUACUGGGUCGCUUUUCUUUUGGGUAUGCGAGAUGCGCAGAAUAGCCGCGUCAUUCUCGUUUUCGAGAUGCUGAGCUGUCUGCGAAUCAUCCGUCUUUUAAAUCUCACCAGUGGUACCUCCGUCAUUCUUCGGAGUCUAAAGAAAGCUGCGCCUUUGCUGGUUAAUGUCGCAUUUCUCAUUGGCUUCUUCUGGCUUCUUUUUUCCAUCGUCGGUGUCCAGAGCUUCAAGUCGAGUCUUAGGAGAACCUGCGUAUGGAGAGAUCCCAAUGGGAAUGAAGACUUCAACAACGCCGAUCAGUUUUGUGGUGGCCACCUACUCAACAUCGACGGCAUCCAUCCAACAGGUUACAUACCUGCUCCAGGCAUGCCUGCAGGUCCACCGGAGGGCAAAGGCUUUCUGUGCCCAAAGGGUUCGGAGUGCGUUGAAAGCACCAACCCGAACAACGAUACGCAAAGCUUUGAUAACAUUCUCCAGUCCCUUGAGCUGGUUUUUGUCAUCAUGUCAUCCAACACCUGGUCUAGCUUGCUUUACACCGUGGCGGACACCGACUACCUCGUCAGCUCCAUUUUCUUCAUUGUAGGGAUACUGGUCUUGAGUUUGUGGCUCAUAUCUCUACUAAUCGCGGUCAUCACUUCCUCUUUUCAAAUCAUCCGCGAAGAGAGCAAGACAAGUGCAUUUACCGGAGAAGAGAUCAAGGAGGAAGACACAGAGGACAGCGGAGAAAAACAACGCGUGAGCAGUCUUAAACGCUGGUAUGACAAGACGUUGUGGCUAUGGGUGUCUGUGAUAUCUUUUGGGCUCGUUUCUCAGAUGAUGAGAAGCUCGAACAUGAGCGAUUUCCGUCAAUUUUUCAUCAACUCGGCAGAAAGCAUCGUUACUCUCAUACUGUUCGUGGAGAUCAUCAUACGGCUCAUUGUUGAUUGGAGACACUUCUUCAGGAGCAAGCGCAACGUUACCGACCUUGCGCUUGCCAUCAUCACUGCCAUCAUACAAAUCCCGGCUAUCAAAGAGGCACACAAUGGAAAAGCGUACGCUUGGUUGUCCAUCUUCCAGAUCAUUCGGGUUUACCGUGUUGUGCUGGCUGUUCCGAUGACGCGAGACCUUAUUAUGAUAGUCUUCGGCAAUGCAGGCGGUCUACUGAACCUGAUUCUCUUUGUGUUUUUGUUAACUUUCCUGGCUUCCAUCUUUGCUUCACAGCUCUUCCGAGGAGAAAUUCCAGAGCAAAAUGAUGGGGAGGACACACGUGUGCCCUUUUUCAACAUCUACAACUCCUUCUUGGGAAUGUACCAAAUCUUUUCCAGCGAGAACUGGACUACUAUCCUAUACAGUGUUACUAGUGCGCAGAAGGAGUUCGGCACAGCCUGGAUAGGAGCAUCUUUCUGCGUCAUGUGGUUCAUCUUUGCUAAUCUCAUUGUCUUGAACAUGUUUAUUGCCGUCAUCCAGGAGAACUUUGAUGUUUCCGAAGAUGAGAAGCGUCUACAACAAGUCAAAGCGUUUCUUCAGCAAAAGGAAGAUGGCCUGACAUCGUCCACUGGCAACCUAUCUCUGUCGUCUAUCUUUAAACUCGGACAAGCGCGUCGUAGAGAUCCACUAGACUAUGGCCAUGCCGCCACCGAAAUGCUACUCAAAGACGCGGUUGUCCGUGACUUCCUCGAUGAGGGCAAUGGCAAUCACGGUCCAGCAGAAGAUGAUCCUCGACCGGGCAUUCAUCCGGCGAAGACCGUAGUAGGAUCUGGCCUCAUGUCCACUUGGUGGCAACGAUUCUUGCGCCGGAUCGUCCACCGGGAACCAAACCCCUUUUACGCUCCCUUGGAUUUCGGCCGUGCGUAUGAGGACCUGGAUCCCCGAAGAAUGGCGAAAGAGGUUGUUUCAGCUACGGAAAGACGAAAAAAGGCUCAACGAGAGUAUCUUCGAAACCAUCCCAACUACAACGUCUCUCUGUUCAUGUUCAAAGUCCACAAUCCGAUACGCAAACUAUGCCAGCGCGUUGUAGGCCCCGGCCGGGGUGGUGACCGCAUCGAAGGAGUCGCGCCAUCCGUUCCCAUCUGGUAUGCAUUCUCGGCAUUCAUCUACGCGGCGAUCAUUGCCAUGGUACUGUUAGCAUGCAUUACCACGCCACUUUAUCAGCGACAGUACUUCAUGACCCACGCAUUCAGCGUGAAGAACUGGUUUGUAUGGGUAGAUAUGGGUUUUGCCGUUCUCUUCACCAUCGAGGCACUAAUUAAGGUUAUUGCCGAUGGCUUCUUCUGGACACCCAACGCCUACUUCCGUGGUUCCUGGGGAUUCAUUGAUGGCGUUGUGUUGAUCACCCUUUGGAUCAACGUUGGCACGUCCUUCAUGAACGAAGGUCAAGUCACUCGGACUGUGGGUGCCUUCAAAGCAUUGAGAGCUCUUCGCUUGCUCAACAUCAGCGAUAGUGCACGCGACCACUUCCACUCGCUCAUCGUCCGCGGAUGGUGGAAACUAUUCUCGGCCGCGUUCGUCUCACUGAGUUUGCUGAUUCCAUUUGCCAUCUACGGACUAAAUCUUUUUGUUGGUCAGCUGCAGACUUGCAACGACGGCAGUUAUCCUGCAGGUGCUGACCUUAGCAACUGCGUGGGGGAGUACGACAGCAGCCCUUUCAACUGGAAUGUGCUGGCCCCACGCCAAGUUUCUAAUCCCUACUACGAUUUUGACAACUUCGGAGACUCUCUCUUCAUAUUGUUCCAGAUUGUAUCUCAAGAAGGCUGGACAGACUGUAUGUGGUCUGCAAUGAGCAUCACGGGGGUAUUCACGCAGCCAGAGCCCAGGCAAUCGCUGGGCAACGCUGUUUACUUCAUCAUCUUCAAUUUGCUCGGCGCGGUCUUUGUGCUUACCCUGUUCGUUUCUGUCUUUAUGCGCAACUACACUGAACAGACAGGGGUUGCCUUCCUUACGACCGACCAGCGUUCUUGGCUAGAAUUGCGGAAACUCCUUCGUCAAGUCUCCCCAUCAAAGCGCCCAUCAUCAACCAAACAGAGGGAGAGUUGGGAAGAGUGGUGUUAUCGGAGAGCUGUUACCAAGACCGGAUAUUGGCACAAAUUCAUCACGGGUGUCUUGAUACUACAUCUCGUGCUACUUUGUUUGGAAUGGUACCCAGGCUACGGUCCAUGGGAGACUGCGCGAGACUACAUAUUCCUUGCGCUUACCAUAACUUUCAUUGCGAAUGUGGUCAUUCGAAUCAUCGGUCUCUCCUGGCAUCGGUUCCGAAAGAGCGCCUGGGACAUGUUUUCGAUCUUCGCCGUGACAGGAACCUUUGUCACAUCAAUUCUUGUGUUGUCCAAAGGGAAGGCUAAUGGGCGAGUCUUUGUCCAGCUUCACAAGCUCUGUCUUGUCUCGAUUGCAUUCUUGCUCAUUCCCCGGAACAACCAGCUUGAUCAGCUAUUCAAGACUGCCGCAGCAAGUUUAGCAGCCAUUGCCAACCUCCUUGCUACAUGGUUUGUCCUGUUCCUGGUGUACGCCAUCGCGCUCACACAAACCUUUGGUCUCACCCGAUUUGGAGCCAACGAAACCGACAACAUCAAUUUCCGAACGGUACCCAAAGCUCUCAUCUUCUUGUUUACCAUGAGUGGCGGUGAGGGGUGGAACCAAUUCAUGGAGGACUUCGCCAACGUCGAUAAACCCUAUUGCACGGUAGGAGAUGGCAAGUACUUCAACAGCGACUGCGGCAGUCCCGAGUGGGCACGAGCUCUCUUCAUUACAUGGAACAUUCUGAGCAUGUACAUCUUUGUCAACUUGUUUGUCUCGUUGAUAUACGAGAGUUUCAGUUAUGUAUAUCAACGAAGCAGUGGGCUAUCUGUCAUUAGCCGAGAAGAGAUUCGUCGGUUCAAACAAGCUUGGGCAGAGUUUGACCCUAACGGGAGUGGGUACAUCUCGAGAGAUGUUUUCCCGAGGCUCCUCGGGGAACUGUCUGGCAUUUUCGAGAUGCGUAUCUACGAUGGUGACUUCACCAUUGGUUCGCUGAUUGAAGAAUGCUCCGUAACAAGCCGAAGGGAGUCAAAUCUCCCGGUGCCAGGCCGCGAACCGACCAAGGAGAUCGACAUUGAUAAACUCAACCGUCGCCUGUCGCAGCUACCGAUUAGCGAAAUACGUCGCAGACGAGCACGCAUGAAUACGUUCUAUGAGGAGGUGCUUGUGUCAAGCGACCCAGAUAGAGGCAUCCAGUUCUCUUCACUGCUGAUGAUCUUGGCUCACCACAAGGUCAUCAACGACAACAAGAGCUUGAGACUGGAAGAGUUCUUGAGGCGCAGAGCUCGCCUACAACGUGUCGAAGAAGCCGUUCGGCGCAACGUAGUUGUGGGGUUCUUCGAUACACUGUACUGGGCGCGACGUUUCCGUCGAGCCAUGGAGCUCAAGAAACAAGGGCGUAUGGCAACAGUGCCUCAAUUUACGGUCCCUGAGAUCUUCAUCGACGACGAAGACAUUACGAAUGCCAAACGGGGCCAAUCUCCUGCAAUGGGAAGCCCGCUUUUCUCACCACAGGACCUGUACCUCCCAUCGCCACGUAGUUCUCUGGAGCAAGGCAGGAGCCGAACAAACUCGAUCGCGCAAAGGCCAAGCAGAACAAACUCGAUUCAACAAACACCGACAGGGUCACCUACACGGGGAAGCCUCCAGCCAUCGCCGUUUUCAUUGUCAGGCGAGCAAGACUGGCAGUUUGCGUCGGCACUUAGUCGGCCGCCCAGCCCACUCGAAGUUGACAGCGGGCAGGUGGACAAUCGCAGCCGUGCAAAUAGCGCAGUCAGUGCGGCAGAUGUUUUAGAAGUGCUCGACAACUCUGCAUGGGGAGAGUCGAUAAGGAGGAGUUUCACACAACGGAGGCGCAGUUAG